AGCCAUGGCGAUCCUCGGGGAGCUCGGGACGGAGAUCCUCAUCCCUGUCUGCGGGGUCAUCGGCAUCGUCUUCGCCGUCGCGCAGUGGUUCAUCGUCUCCAAGGUCAAGGUCACCCCCAGCGCCGCCUCCGCCGCCGUCGACGCCAAGAACGGCUACGGCGACUACCUCAUCGAGGAGGAGGAGGGCCUCAAUGACCACAACGUCGUCAUCAAGUGCGCCGAGAUCCAGACCGCCAUCUCUGAAGGUGAGCUCACCCAUCCCCUUCGCCAACAACGGUGGUGGCUUCCCCCUCUCCCUCUCACCCGCUCCCUCCCCCAGAUCUGGUUCUCAGCCUCUCAGGCUCGGAAGCUUUGGUCCCCAUGA